AUGUCUUUGUUCAAAGUUAAACAGUGGUGGUCUAACGCGACAAAUACGGAGAAUAAAGACGAACAAACCUUCAGUUGUAUGAAAAUUGAUAAAUUUAUUUCGCAUAAUGACAGCGAUUGUGUUCUCUUAGGCGAAGGCACUUUGUUAAAAUUGUUCAAACCGAGUUUAGAUCAAGAUGGUUUACUUCUAGAGACUGAAUUAUCGGAUAUUAUUCUACAAAUUGAAACUGGAAAAUUUAUUGGAAUGUCUGGAGAUCGAGAAAUCAUAGUACUACAUCCCCAAAGCUAUGUAAUAUACGAACUUCAUAGAAAAGAAGGUUUAACAGACGCAGGUGAACAGAACCGUGUAACAGCCGUAAUAAAACAUGCGUUUAAAAGGCGAGCAUAUAACAUGACUGUGGGACCUUUCGGUAGUUCUAAAUCUAGAGAUCUCAUUUGUGUCCAGUCUCUAGAUGGUACUUUGAGUUUCUUCGACCAAGAUACUUUCUUAUUUAUGUGUAUUUUCAAUGAUAUUUUAAUACCAGGGCCAGUAGCUUACGUCAUGACUGUCGAUAUGUUCGUGAUUUGUAAAUCAACUUGGACAUUGGAGAUCUAUAGUUAUCAGCAACUACGUGAAUCUAGUGAGUUGAGUUUGCGACAAAACAAAACAAAUAUUCCUCAAUGGACGUACAAUGCCGGCGAAGAAAUAUCCGCUGUUCAAGUGAUUCGGACGAGUAGUAAUUUUUCAAGCAUCAUUGCACUGAGCGAAAGACAUCUCUACUGUUUCCAGGAUAACGGCUUGAUGAAAGCUCUUAUAAGAUUUGAUUAUACGCCGAUAUGUUUUCACUCUUAUUUAAUUGGUUGGUACUACGAACCUGGGGCACGUCUACUAAUAAUGGUAGCAUCAGACGAUUCCAAGCUCUACGUUUACGAGGGAACUAAAUUGUUAUGGGCCUGUGAUCUUAUGAUGAAAGCUGUGUCAUUAUCCAGAUGUUUUAUCAACUCUCUACCAGGUGGCGUGGUCACUCUAUCUCUCGAUGGAAUCAUAUCUGUUAAUUAUUUAGGUACAGAGCCGGAUUUAAAUCCUAAUGUUAACAUUGUUAAUGAAAUUGUAAGUCCAGUAGAAGUACAAAGAGAACUGGAUUCCGUGGACGAAGCGCUCAAAUUAAUUAUCUCUGAUGAUAAAGAAAGCGUUGCAGAUGUACCUUAUUUAGAAAAGACCAUAAGCAUAAAAAUGGAAAUAGGACCAAUCGAAAAUCAUUACGAAUAUAACAUACUUGAGAGCGAUAAAAAUGUACAAUUUAUGAAAUGCCCUUUAAUUAUUACCAUAAUUUGUAAAGAGCCUAAAUUAAUUCAGAAUAUACAGAUUACAUAUAUUUGUAGCUCUCCAUUUGUAAAUUCUGACAAUAGUAAAUAUAUUGAUGACGUUGAUGAAGAAUAG